AUGGCGGCGACCACGAGCGAGGACACCGCCGUGAGCUUCCUAAUGCGUCACGGCCUCCUCGCCUCCUCUAAGACAUGCGAGUACUGCGACUAUCCCAUGAACCUGUGCGUCUCCAAACGCGGCACGGAGGACGAGGACCGCCGCUGGCGAUGCCGCCGUAGCGGCCACCCGGGCAAGGAGCUCAGCCUGAAGAAAGGCUCCUUCUUUGACGGCACCAAGCUAGCGUACCGCACUGUGCUGCGCCUGAUGUUCUUCUGGGCGUCGGACAUCCCCGUCGGAACCGCGGAGCAGUUUCUGGGCAUCUCCGACGUCACGGCGAUCGACUGGUACGGCUUCUGCCGCGACAUCUGCUCCGCCGAGAUGCUGCAGUGCAGCAUGAUGAUCGGCGGCGUGGGCCACACCGUCGAAAUCGACGAGACGAGCCUAAAGAAGAAGUCCAAGUUCGGGCGCGGCAAGCAGCACGAGGACUACUGGCUCUUCGGCGGUGUCGAUCGGGCCACGGGGCGGUGGUUCGGCAUCCAUAUCAUGGCUGGGUCGACCAUCAUCUCCGACCAGUUCUCCUCGUAUGUUUCUGUUAACGGGAAGCAUACGUUGGAGAACAACAAGUGGCUAAAGGGCAAGAACUACACCCACAAGUGGGUCAACCACGACAAGUUCUUCGUGGACCCCAAGACGGGGGCCCAUACGAACCGCAUUGAAGGGACGUGGGAAGUGCGCGUGAAGCGCUACAUCAAGGCUAUACGCGGCGUCCGCAAGGAGCGCCUGGACCAGUACCUGGACAUGUACCUGUGGAAGUCCUGGUGCUUCAACGGCACUGUCCCGAAGUUCCAGUACCUUGACGGCCUCGUGCAGGGCAUCCGCAAACACUACCCAGUUUAG